ACCACAUUAUCCCAAGUUUGGGCGUAAACUCGUAAACGUAAACUCGUAAACGUAAACUUCUCUCUCGUUUUCCCCAAUUAUGUAAACCCAAACCCUAACCCUAAUUCCUAUCCUUCUCUCAAAUUUCAAUCUUCUUCAUCCAAUUUUAUCACUGAUACUCCUCCAAUCAACUUGUUCUUCAAUCAAAUUCUCCUGUGUUGCUCUCCAAAUCGCAGUAUUCCGUGGAUUUUCGCUGAAGAUUUCUCUAGUUCGUCGCUGAAUCGAAGAACUUUCAAUUUUUGGGCUAUUUGCAGAAACUUAUCGUGUUUUUCUGCUGUUUCAUCUGUUAUCAGAGGUUCUCGCGCCGGAGAUGUUACGGUUUUCGAGGUUUGUGAAGAGUCGGUGUCUUCGGUGUUGAUGAUUUCUCCUUUUUCAUGAAGGAAUUCUGGAUUUCUGGCUUCGAUCUGUGAGAUCGUAUCGUAUCGGUUCAAUCUAUGAUUGAUUGGAUCAAUAUCAUCUAAUUGAUCUUCUUUGAAGCUGGAUUUUGCUUCUAUUAAUUCAGAAUUCAAGAAUUGAGCUGUUGUAGCGGCGGCAGUGGCUUUCGAAGGACUUCGCAGCGAAGAAGUAUACUAGGAGAGGAACUGAAGGCGGCAAAGAGAUAAAAUUUUUACUUUGUACUUUGUUAAUUUUGAGUUUGAAGUUCAAUUAGAGGCCUUUAUUUUUGAAUUUGAAGGCCUCAUAAUAUCCGUAGUUAGGGUUUUUGAUUGCAUUUUUGUGCGAUAUAAUUUUUGUUCGAUUGAUUGAUUUCUUUUUGAAGGAAAGAAAAGUGAAAAAAAAAUUAAUUAUGGCAGUUUAUUAUAAGUUUAAAAGUGCUAAAGAUUACGACUCAAUUUCAAUCGACGGUCAUUUCAUAUCGGUUGCCAAUCUAAAAGAAAGAAUUUUUGAAUCAAAGCAUUUGGGAAGGGGUACUGAUUUUGACCUCGUCGUGACCAACGCUCAAACCAAUGAAGAGUAUCUAGAUGAAGCGAUGUUGAUUCCAAAAAACACUUCUGUUCUAAUACGCCGAGUACCAGGACGUCCUCGCAUGCCCAUUGUUACACAACCGGACGAGCCGAAGGUGGAGGAUAAGGUUGAGGAUGAGCAACAUGCAAAAAAUAACUACUUUGCUGCUGAUUCUUCAGGGUUUGGAGAUUUUGAAGCUUCAGAACUGGAUGAUGAGUUUGGAAAUGAUCUAUAUGCAACAAUCCCUGAGAUGACACCAGGACAAUCAGGCAAUCCGAUGCAGGAUUCAGUUCCUGCUAGUAAAGCUGAUGAGGACAGCAAGCUUAAGGCUUUAAUUGAAAAUUCUAGUUUUGACUGGCAGCGUCAACCUGGUGAUGGUUUUGGCUCUGGGAGAGGAUUUGGAAGAGGUGGGAGGGGGGGUGGUCGAGGUUUUGGCCGAGGUGGUAUGGAGAGGAAAACACCUCCACAAGGCUAUAUCUGUCACAGGUGUAAGGUUCCUGGUCACUUUAUUCAGCACUGCCCUACAAAUGGUGACCCUAAUUUUGACAUCAGGAAAGUGAAACCUCCUACUGGCAUUCCCAAGUCAAUGCUUGUAGCUACACCGGAUGGCUCCUAUGCAUUGCCAAGUGGCACAUCUGCUGUCUUGAAACCAAAUGAGGCUGCAUUCGAGAGAGAAAUUGAAGGUCUACCUUCUACUCGUUCUGUUGGAGAUCUUCCACCAGAGCUCCAUUGCCCGCUGUGCAAGGAAGUGAUGAAGGAUGCCGUGUUAACCAGCAAAUGUUGUUUCAAUAGUUUCUGUGAUAAAUGUAUAAGGGACUUUAUUAUCUCAAAGUCUAUAUGUGUCUGUGGGGCAAGAGAUAUACUUGCAGAUGAUCUUCUGCCAAAUAAGACACUCCGGGAUACCAUUAACCGUAUACUGGAGUCUGGUAAUAGUAGUGCAGACAAUGGAGGGAGUGCUCUCCAUGUUCAAGAUAUGGAGUCUGCUCGCUGCCCGCAGCCUAGGAUUCCAUCGCCUACUCAAUCUGCUGCCUCAAAAGGGGAGCAAAUGCUUCCUCCACGUACUGAAGGAACUUCAAAUAUGAAAGAGAGUUUAGAAGGUAUUAAGCCUAGCCAUGCUUCACAGUCGCAACCACAGCAGCAUAUCUCAGAAAGAGACAAGAUUACGAAAGUUCCAGACGUGUCUGAAGCUACUCAUGAGUCGGCUAGUGUGAAGGAACCUGCGUCACAGGGUAGUGCUUUACCUGUUGAGGAAGAAGUUCAACAAAAGGUGGCUGUUGGUGAAGCAGCUGGCUGUUAUCCUAAUCAGUUGCCUUUUCCAUGUCUUCCAGUAAAGAAAAAGAAGAAGAAGAAGAAGAUGCCUAUGCCUGGAAAUGCUCCAGACAUGCAAUGGAUGGGCAUGCCUCCUGGGAUGGAUGGAUACAUGGGCCCUAAUGGCUUCAAUCCCUGUUGGCCAGGCAUGCAGCCUGCAAUGGAUGGAUUCAUGGGCCCCUUUGGUGGACAUGGUGGUAACAUGCCUUACAAUAUGGGUUAUGGUCCAGGGCCUAUGGAUAUGCCCUUUGGGAAUGUUUUCCCUCCAGAUCCUUUUGGGAACAUGAUGCCUCCAGACCAUUUUGGAGCACAAGGGUUCAUGAUGCCUGGAAUGCCCCCGAUGCUUCCUCCUCAAAGGGAUCUUGCAGCAGAAUUUGGAAUGGGCAUGAAUGUCAGGCCACCUUUGAUGAGUCGGGAAGAAUUUGAGGCUCGGAAGGCUGAAGUAAGAAGAAAGCGAGAAAUGGAGAGACGGGUUGAGAGUAGGGAACUUCCCAGAGAUCGUGAUUAUAGCAGAGAAGUAAGCAGCAGCGCCAACCCCCCACCUAUGAAGUCAAAACCUAGGCCUCCUCCAGCCAGCAGGUCCCCAAGUGAAGACCGCUAUGAUAGUCUCCGGGACCGGGAGAGGGAGAGGGAGAGGGAAAGAGCGAGGGUAAGGGAAAGGGCUUCUGUCGAUCGUGACCGGGAACAAGACCGGGAUCGUGACCAUGACAGCCACCAGCGACGGACUUCCCACAGUCACAGGUCUGAACGGGCUUCACCUGACAGAACUAAACGUGAUGUAGAAGUCCCUCGUCCGACCCUGAAAAGAAAAUCUGAACACCCUGAGCGAGAUCACAACCAUGAACGAGACCGCGAUCACCGUGAGCGUGACCAUAAAUCUGAACGUCAUUCUAAACCGUCCUCUAAGCCACCAUCUUCUGUAGAUGUGGUUCAACAGUCAUUAGACAAGAAAUAUAAGGCGAGUGUGUUCUCGAGGAUUAGCUUCCCGGAUGAGGAGGUUUCCAAGAAGCAAAAGGUUUCUGCUGAGCCCAAGUCUAAGCCCGUUAGCAAGGACCAUGAUGCCCACCAUCAUAAAGUAGUGGCGUCAUCAUCUACAGCAAAUGGGCACCAUCAUGAUGCAGGGAAGAAGAGUGUGGCGGCAGCAGCAGCUAUGGAUUAUGAGUCAAGUGACGAUGAACGGCAUUUUAAGAGGAAGCCUUCAAGGUAUGAGCCAUCACCCCCACGCCGAGAGGAGUGGAUGAGUGUAGAUGAGGAAGAUGGUAGGCGGCAUCGUAAGCACAGGUAGAGAUGUAAUACUAGGGAACUGAUAUUGUGAGGUUGAAAAGUGAGCAGGCCGAGGAUCAAUUUUCCCUGUUUGGGCAAAUCACUCAUCACUGUAAUCUUAUGUUUUUUUCUUAUUUUUUUUAAACUUUGAUUUGAUGAUUUUGUAAUAAAAUUGUACCUUUCCCAUCUUCAUUCUUUCUAUCAAAUAUCAAUGAAAUCCACGCAAUUUACAUAUGAA